GAAGCAUACAAAAUCAAGUUUUCAUUGCAGAAGAGAGAGGGAGAGAGAGAGAGAGAUGGAGGCUCUCAAUUUCAACAGAAGCAACAUCAGGUGGAAGAAGAGACCCUAUCCCAGAUCGCCAUCCUCCCUACUCCCCAUCUCUCUCCUCUUCCUCCUCUUCUCUUUCCUCCUUUUCCUCUCAUACAAGCACAUUUCCACUUCUACCCCCACAAAUCCCCCACCAUCCCGCUUCUGCAACUCGCAGAAAACCCUAGCAGGAGAAAAGUUCCUCUGGUACGCGCCCCACAGUGGGUUCAGCAACCAGUUGUCCGAGUUCAGAAACGCCGUUUUGAUGGCAGCGAUACUCAAUCGUACCCUAAUUAUCCCUCCUGUUCUGGAUCACCACGCCGUUGCUCUCGGUAGUUGCCCUAAAUUUAGGGUUUUGAAUCCCACCGAGCUUCGAUUUUCUGUCUGGAACCACGUCAUUGAUCUCAUUCAUAGUCGCAGGUAUGUUUCAAUGGCUGACAUAAUUGAUCUUUCAAAAUUAGUAUCUGGUUCAGAUAUUCGAGUAAUAGAUUUCAGCAUAUUUAUAUCUAUCUGGUGUGGAGUCCAUAUUGACUUGGCUUGCUCGACGGAGUCAAAUAGACAGUCCUCGUCGUUGGAAACCAUGAGAGAAUGUGGGUCACUACUAUCCGGUAACAAUGGUAAUGCAAAUAGCUGUGUGCAUGUUGUAGAUGAAGAUUGCAGAACAACAGUUUGGACUUACGGAAAAGACAGCGAAGAUGGGAUAUUAGACUCUUUCCAACCAGACGAAGAACUUAAGAAGAAAAAGAAAAUCUCGUACAUCAGGACACGUCGUGAUGUAUAUAAAACCCUUGGACCUGGUUCAGGAUCUGAAUCAGCCACUAUCUUGGCAUUUGGAAGCCUUUUCACAUCGCCAUAUAAAGGUUCAGAGCUGCACAUUGACAUCCAUGAAGCUCCUAAAGAUCAAAGAAUGCAAUCUUUAAUUGAAAAGGUGAGAUUUCUCUCGUUUGUCCCUGAGAUUACUAAUGCCGGGAAAGAGUUUGUUAAUGAGAAAAUCAAAUCACCUUUUUUGUGUGCCCAACUUAGGUUGUUGGAUGGGCAGUUUAAGAACCACUGGAAGGGUACUUUUCUGGGGUUAAAACAAAAGAUAGAAUAUUUAAGACAUGAAGGUGGUCCUCUUCAAAUUCAUAUCUUUGUGAUGACUGAUCUUCCAGGGGGUAAUUGGACCGGAAGUUAUUUGGAGGAAUUAGCAAAUUCAGAUAGCUUAAAGCUGCAUGUCCUGAGAGAAAACGAUGAGAUAGUGAUAACAACUGCAAAGAAACUUGGGGAUGCUGGAAUGAAGAAGCAUUGUCGCCCUCCAUUGCUACCUGAUAUACUUUUAUACAUUGAGGAAACUGUUUGCAGUUGUGCUAAGCUUGGUUUUGUGGGAACUGUUGGUUCAACAAUUGCAGAGAGUAUAGAGCUUAUGAGGAGAUAUGGUGUUUGCUCCCGUGAGGGCACUUUUCAAUUGUAGCUAUUGGAAAGUUCCCUUUUUUGAUCUCAGAGAGUAAAUGUCGCCUACUGCCAUUCGCCUGAAAUCAGUCACUUUGAUGGGUGAUGAAGCUCCUACGAUUUGGGCUUUCUAAAUUUGCCAAAAUCCCAAAACAGAUUGUGGCUUGUUAUAUAUGUAUAACUGCUCUGACAUGGUUGAAAUUUGGGUACAAUUGAGCUGCAAAAUUCUGAUAGGAUGGAUUACUCCAGUUGUAUGGGUUGCAUUUUAUUGCAAGUGAGACCAUAUUUGGACAAGUUUAAUCUACAAUACAAGAAGAGAUGAUCCAAUUCUGAAUGCAAUGGCUUCCUUAGUGGUUAUCAUGUUUCAACAGAGGUUGCUUGAGUACUUGUGACAAUCUCAAUCAAAGUGGAGCGCUCCAACUUAUUCCCCCAUUUGUAGGGAUCGGUCUGCGUGUGAUGCCCAGUUGAUAUACUGUUUGAAGUUAGAUGAGCAGUGCUGAUUUCCGGAUUGUUGUCUGUCGAAUAUGGUUCUUUUUCAAUGUUGAGUUCACGGCAGUUAAUGUAUUGUAGUGGAAUAGUGUCAUAUCAUUUUUUUCUCUCAAUCUUAUUCAUCGUUGAUUUGUUUGAUUUCC